AUGGAUGUUCUUAAAGAUUCGAGAUUAGGUAGAAAGGAUAUUGCAAGGAAGACGCUCUAUGUAGUCCUACCAGCGGUUCUCGAUUCUAACCCAUUCUUGGAUGAAUCAAACGAUGGACGCAGUUCACCAAGCAACAGCGGUAUGGACAAGGUCAUCUACAUCUUUCAGUCGACUUAUGACCUCCUACACGAGGUUGGAGUUCAUACUCAGAUUACAUCACAACUCUUUGCAUACCUGCUAUUCUUUACCAAUGCAUCACUCUUCAACAUGCUCAUGGAAAGAGGAGUUGGGGGCAAGUUCUUCAAGUGGUCUAAGGGAGCUCAGAUCAGAGGCAACCUGGAUCUCCUAGAGAUGUGGAUCCAUGAAAAAGAUCUAAAGCUCCAGGCUAGCUUCCUACAGAAGGUUUCCAUGGCAACAGACCUACUAGCCACACCCAAACUCCAACUUGCUCAGGCGGAGUGGAGCUCAAUCCGACGGGACUUCCCAGUGCUGAACGCAGCCCAGAUUCAUCAGAUGCUGAGCGAGUAUGAUAUUGGAUGUUCCCAGGCUCCCAGGCCCAGGGCUUGGUUCCCAACACCCAAGGAAGUAGAGGCUGCAUUGAAAACAGAGGAAAUCCUGGUAAGCUUUGAUGAUCAUCCACCUCUGGUUCUGCCUACCGAUGCAUUCCAACUUGAUCUAAGAUGUGAUGUCUGUGAACUGUUGCCAGGAUUCAGAGAUAUACUUCAGGCGCUCCAUAAAGAAUUCCCAAAGAUCAGAAUAAAGACUGAUCAUGGAGAUAUGAAUCUACCGGUGUUUGAUGAGGAGUCAUCAAUGGAAGAGACAACAGGUCCGGAGGAAGAUAUUCCAUCUAGGGACAAGAGGAAAAAAACAGUCAUGCCCAAGAUCAGAUCUCGAUGCUCUUCUUGGCCUACAAAUGAGAAAGAUGCGGGGGCUAUUCUUGAUGAUAACAUGGAGGAAGAGAAAGGUGUGAAAGUUCAUCAAGCGAAAGGUGGAAUCGACCAGAGAUGCCAAAAACUCAUGGAGGAAUUAUCUCUGAAUGGAGAAGUCAACAACAAUGUAAGGAACAUCAGAGCAAGGCCAAGUGCCAGAAGACAGACAUCUCUUUCUGCAUUGCCAGACCAUAAGCCACAUCCACCCCUUGUCAAGAGUUAUAGCUCUCCAUCAAUGCCAAAUGUAGCUACAAGGGUACCUAAGGUUGAUACUGAUACAAAUGGUUCAAGAACUCUUUUGACGAGUGGAAUUAGUGAGAAUGGACACGGUAGUAGGUUGAUGGUUGCAGAUCGGAAGCCAGAGAAUGGCUGUAAGGGUGCACUGAUGAAUCAUGUUGUCAAGCCAAUCCUGAAGAAUAAAAAACCCAAACCUCAUCGGAUGGACAUAGAGAAUGGUAUAUCCCACAUUACUCAGGAUGUCAUAUUAGAGGAAGAUGGUGAAGUUUUCCUACCAUCGCCGCCACCAGUCUCGCCCAAACCUGCAUCUAUUCCUCCAUCACCAAGAAUCUCAACAUCAACCAUCACCAAGCAAAGUCCAUCUCUUCCAUCAUCAGCGAUAUCAACUACCGAUCAUAAGAAACAUUCCUCACCACCUCCACCUCCUCCCAAACCAAAGACAAGACCAGCUUUGAAUGGCUUCCAGCUCCCUCGCACUCCAUCCGCAGCCACCAAUGGAAACCUCAAUGUCAUAGCUCCUCCAUUAGGAUUUGAAUCAUCCCCAGAAGAGAAACAGAGGAGAGAGGAAGAAGUAAAACAAGGCGAUAGGAUCAAGCAGGAGGUCUUCAAACUGGAGGGCAAAGAUAUUGAGAUGACCCUGGAGAAUGGAGUCAAGGGAAGGGUGGUGAAUGACAGUAAAGAAAAUCAGAAAGUAAUUGGAGCAGAAAAGGGGGAAGCUCUAAGCAGUAAUAUGAGCAACAACAAUGUGGAUCUAGAUGGAGAAGGGCUAGAGGAACUUCUGAAAGGGAUUGAUUGCCAAGACAACAGCGACCUGAGUUUCUGGCAUGAAGACCGCCCAGGAUCAGAGUCAACAGGUAGCCUUGCCACUCCUGAGAGUUGGACCAAUGAAUCACCUCAAAGUGAAUGGUCAUCAUCAUCAUUCAGGCAACGCAAGGAUUCUAUAGAUGAUGUCUUUGUAGUGGAUCUAGAGAAGGGAGAGUCUGGUCUUGGGCUUGGACUAGUUGAUGGACUGCACACUGUGUUGAAAUCUCCUGGGAUCUAUAUCUGUAAGGUACUACCUGGUGGAUCUGCUAACCAAUGUCGUAAACUCAGAGUUGGUGAUAGGAUUCUAGCAGUCAAUGGUACAAGUCUAGUAGGGGCAGACUAUGAUAGUGCAAUGAAUCUGAUCAAGAAUACUGGUGAUAAGUUACGUAUACUGGUUGGGAAAUCGGAUAACAACACUGCAAUGAAGAUCACUGCUUCCAGCUGCUAAACAAUGAUCAAAGACCAUAGGAAACACAGUCAAAUAGAGCGCCAAUAGAGGGCAGUCUUCAUUCUACUCUUUGAAGCAGGAUUUAGUUUUGAUUGCUGGUAUUCAUAUAUAUAACUCUCUGAACAGCAAAAGUAUAACCAUAAAAUUGGCAACAUAAUCAAGAUUGCUUUCUUUAUAAACAAAUUAUAUUUAUGGUUAAUUAUGUUGUUAUCACCCUCAAUUCAGCAAUAUUUUUACACUGAGGUAAAAGUUUGUGUCUAUUGUAUCUAAUAUUUAUAUCAUUCAUAGAGCUUUCCUAGAAUUGAAACUGUGCAUGCAAGUAAGAUUGACUAAAUUGUUUUCCUAAUCGGUAAAGAAAUUUUACCAUGAUUAGGUAUUUAGGGUUUAAUCCUUUGUUGCCUUUCUGAGUUCAGUAAAACUUUCAGUCAUUGCUGAAUGUUUAUAUCUGUUUUUUUUCUCCAAAUUCAUGAAUGUAUUCAUCAUGAAAUUACCCUUAAAACUAAGCUGAUUAGUUAUGAAUAUAAUCUUAUCUUUCUAGAAAACAUUGUGAUUUGUUAUCCAAGGAAUUACAAUUGUCAAUUGAUACAUUGUAUGCAUACAUUGUAUCUUUUAUUAUUACUAUGGUAUGUCUCUGCUCAGAAGAAAAGUACAAAACCUAAACUUACCCUAUAGAAAGAUAGAUACUGUGGUUGAAACCUUGAUUUAAUCAAUUGUCCUAUCUAAUAAGCAGUUUCAGCAUUGAGAAGAGUUGUCAUCAGACACACAAGCAAAACUUUAGAAGCGGAACAAAUAGCCUUGUUCACACUAACAAAUGGUCCAAUAUUUCUGCUAUGUUACCAGUAUCUUAAAGUUACUCUCUGCAAUAACUCUUUAUCAGGUCUUUUUGGCAUUUCCCUUGGGGGUUCAUUAUUCUCUAAAAAAAAAACAAGGAUCAUCAGUAUGAAAAUAUCUAACAAAACAAACUUUAUUUUCAGACCACCGAUCUCUCAGAAUAAUGAACCCCAUUUCAAAUUUGGAUAAAUGAACCUUUGGAUGAAUGAUACUAUGAACAAAUGAUCCAUCUGAAUAAAAACGCUAAUGUAAGUUUUUCCUCCUAAUUUCUUCUUAUUGCAGAGUCUCAAUAUUAUCUAACAGUUCAUUAAGAGUCAUGAUUUCAUUGUAAGGUUGCUUUAAGGGGGGAAAUAGAUUUCAAGUUCCAUGUAAAGAUUUGUUAAUAUGUUCGUCCUUAUUUGUUAUUCUUUAAAAACUCCCAGUUGCUAUGGUCUUGGUAUAUAAGUGUGAGAAAUAAGACAUGCACAACAUCAUUUGGAAACUCUUUUUUUUAUGUAAAUGUUGUGAAAAAUGUAACAGAAUGAUGGUAGGCAUAGCUUAAAUCAAAAAGUUCCCCACAACUUUGAGACCAAAAGAAUGUCUCUGCCGGGAUACAAACACAGGCCCCAGCUUAGAACAGUCAUGCCUUAACCACUAGACCACAGAGACGGGUUAGUGCAAACCCAGUCCUAUUGACCAUCAGAUAAACAGAGUUUCGACCUCACCAAUUAUAUUUUCUUUCUCUGGUGUAGAUGAAUUGUGAACAAUGACAAGCCACCAUGCCUAUAUAUAAUUCUAUGUUAUAAUUAAUUGUAUUGUAAGUUUCAGUUGCAUGUCAACAUUAUGAAGAACAAUAAAAACUAAUGGUUUCGAUACGUGAUAAGCAUUUCCCAGACAUGUCAAAAGUACAAAUGUACAUGUAUAAUUGUAUCAUGAAUAUUAAAAAAAGCUCCAAGGAGCUUUAUGUCCUGUUGAGCAAUAACCAUUAAUUUAUUAUUCUGGAGUCUAUAUGACACAUUGUACAUGUACUUGUGUCUGGCCUUAAAUGCACAAAUCAGAAUUUAGAAUCAGCAAUCCCACUAAUGAAAAUGUUUCAGACAUUUAUUCAGAAAAUUUAACGCAGAGAUAAAUUAGUGUAUUGAUGAUGAUGAU